AUGCCGUCCUACGGAUAUCGAGAUCAACAAGCCAUCAAUCCUCAGUACCUUCCUCCUACCUACCCCAACCAGUACGAUAGCCAGCAGGGGCAACCACAGAUGGCGCCUCACUACGAUGCUGCGAUGGCUGCAUACGGAUAUAAUAGGGCCGCUCCAUCAUUCAGCGCGUCUGCUAUCGCAUCAGGUGUUCCUCCUCUGCCUAUUUUUCAGGGCUGGAACCAGGAUUCAAUGCCUUUGCCACCCUACACCACGCCACAAGCGCAAACGCAAGCACAAGCCCCGACUCAGUAUACUGGUUAUAAUAAUACUGCGUUCAACAGCAAUGCGCAACAAAACACGCAAUACUACGCUCCAACCGCCCAGCCAUCAUAUCAGCAACAAGCUCCAGAGGUUAGACCUUACGAGCAAGGUGAACAGAGAGAGGGGGGCUUUGAUGAUGAAAUCACCAGAGCCACACACACACCUUCUGCGGGAUACGGUGCUCCCCAAUACCUAGAAAACGGUGGAAAUUCUUCUGGUGGCACUGGCUACACUGAUAGUGCGCAACGUGCCGUGUACUCGAAGCCGAGGGACUACACUCCUGGUAUGCAAGAAGCAAUUCUCUACGAAAAUGUUCCGCAGCUUAUUUCUCUUCCAGCAAAUAGCUAUAGCUUUCCUCCUAGAGACUCUUCACAGUCAAGAAGUCAACAAACAGGCUCUUACCCGCCUUACGUCCCACAAUCAGGAACAGGCUAUGAGGAGCUGCCAAAGCCAGGAUCUUACAAACAGAGUCAGAAUGGAUGGUCGCACAACGGCGCUCAUGGCAGUGUAGAUGCUGAUGCUGGAUCUUCGAUUCCGCUCGAUAAUCUAACGAACGGGUACCAGCAACCGUCCAAGCGAAAAUUUCCUUCUGUCUCUGGGAACAUAGACGACCAGUUGGCUGGGCAAUCCAAUAGAUCCCGUACCCUUGGAAAGGCAGGUUUCACCAGCACCCCUGGGAACGUGGUUUCCCAAGUAGCUGGGCGAACAAAUGGACAAGCCAAUGGACACAGAGCAGGAUUACCCGUGAUAUCUAAGGACGUUGAUAAUCCUCAGUCUGAACAACGCAACGGAAUCGAAUCAUCCUCAAAAUCAACUGUCGCAGCAAAUUUCGGGGACAUUUCCAGAGUCGCAGAGAUUCGAAAAAAAGCCCAAGGCGCUAUACUCAAUCUCUGGCCUUAUGACGUACGAUAUCAGACAUACAUUGACGAGGGAUUUAGUGAAGAGGUCAUUGGAAGUCUCUUUGACGAACUGAAGAUGUCCCGAAACCCGCCAGCUAAUAUCACUACCAACUCUAGUGGAAAGAUGGGAAACUCUUCUCCUCAGAAAGAAAAUGAGCCAGAAGACAGAAAUCAGAAAGAAAACAGAGCACUGGAAGAAAACAAUGUACAACUGGCGGCCAAACCCGCGGCUUUGACCGAGAAGGAAAAGGCACUCCAAUCAAAAUUAGAAGCUCUUCGGAAGUCACGAGAAGAGCGCGCUCAAAGGGCAGCCGCUAAAAUUGUCAACAAGCCUCAACCUCAGCCUCCGCUUCCGACUACCGUCCCCACUUCUCCGGCGGACCCACCUAAAUACACACCCCCCACCAUCACUACUACAACCCAAUCAGCUCCACUCCUGACUUCUGUCUCGCCUCUUCUUUCGAAAACACAACCUCAGUCGAAGAAAAUCGACGCGUCGUCGACCUCGUCUACUAUGGUGAUGCAGCAACAAACUUCUAUCAUCCCCGGGUUGUUCUUAGCCUCACCUGCUGCAGCCAAUACUCCUACUGCUACCCCUACAACCGCUCCUAGCACAAUGCCGCCUUUGAAUGACAGAAGCGUGCGGAAACGCCCGGUCGCUGCUGAUUUCGACAAGCCUAUUCCAACCGCAGCACCUUACAAACGUCCCUUUGGUCAAAGUCGGGUUGAUCACACCCUAGUGAUUGAUGUCAGCGAUGAGGAGGAGGAGGAGGAAGAAGAGGAUGUUGCUAUGGAUCUUGAAUCUCAAGCCGACCAAGAUUCUCCAGUGAUGCCAACCACAAACAUGGCCGCCCAGCGAUCUUCCUCAUUCCCGAACCCAAGCCUUACGACGCGUCAACAUAUCACCCCUUCGCCCAAUCUUUCUGCCAAGAACACCCCCCCUGCGUCAGGUGCUGCUGUAAACUAUACGGCCGGAGUUCAAGAUCUAGGACGCGUGGAGAAUGAGCUGAAAGAGUUAAAGAAAAAGAUUGCUGAUGCAGAGCGCCGCCAAAAGGCAAAGCAAAACGUGAAUGCUCGGCAACCAGCACCGAUCAAUCCGGGUCCCAGCAAAGUUGACGCCUUGGUCAAUACUCAGAAGAAAGCUGAGAUUGCAGAUACGAAGAUAGCAUUAGAGCAACAACGAGUGUUUAACGCGAAGGCUGACGAGUCUGCGAAGGCCGAGGAGGUCAAGAAGAUCGAAACUGAGCAAAAGCGCCUCCGCCGCGCGAAAAUCGCUGCAGAUCUGCCUCGGGUGGACGCCGCAGUCUUCGAAUCACGAUCGAAACUUGAACAAAUUCGUGCUCAACUAGCAGAGGCGGAGGCCGAGCAUCAGAGAGAAUUGGAGGGUAGGCGUCUAUUGGAUGAGGAAAUGAAGCGGCUUGGUGAAGAGGCGGAAGAGCACUUGCAAUCUGAGAAGGACAAACUCAACCAACUUAAUCAGCAAGCGUCCGCAAGCAGUGAAGAACCCUCUCACUCUUCAUCUACCACUACCGCAGGUGUCGAAGUCUUCAAGACUCCACAAUCUGACCAAGAUCCUCCCGCUUCCAGCGAAGUUGUUAUGUCACCAGGACUUCCCGAGGAACCCGUUACCAUUGAUUCUGGAACCCAGGCAGUCACUAAUCUGUCCACCGGUCUUGGAGAAGUUUUAUCGGCUGCCCAUACCCAGGUCGUUAGUCAAGGUCAGGCCCAAACCUCAGUUGAUCAUACAAUCAAGCAGGUCGAUGGACUUGACGUCGUUGCCCCCGCCGAAGAGCCAACUGGAUCAAAGGGUGGGAUCUCAACUGACCGAGCUCUUGAGGCAGCAUUACAAGAGGCCGUGCGUGCUGAUACUGAUGCUCACGCUAAUGGGGAGGAUGAUAUGGAUAUCGAUGACUUCUACGCUCCAGACCCAUCUCAGCUUCCCUCCGAAUCUGUUUCAGAGCACAUGGACAAGGGUACGCACUCCCCGGAAUACUCACCAGAACUCGACCGUACGAUUGUAAAGGCACCUGAUCGUGAACCGGACGACUAUGAGCCACCAGAAGCUGCACCUCCCGAUACAGAUAUGGAGGAGCCUUACUCUCCGCCUUUCAGCCCUGCUCCUCCCCAGAUUACCGAUUCUGUCCCUGCUGAGACAUCCGCCUCUACCAUUCCUCACGUUUCCGAAACUCUCCUUCCAAAGGGGACAUCUGCCACCAAUCUGAAUGAUGUUCAAGCUGACGUUGUCGAAGAUGGUGAAAUCUCUAACACGCCAGAAGUUGACACAGCGCAAGCAGUAGCUAACGAAGUUGGACGUAGUAAGGAGAAGGCACUAGACAGUGUUGCUGUUCUCCCACAAGUAUCGCAGAUGGUUGAAGUUUCUUCUGAGUCGUGUAACAAGCCUGAUUUCUAUACUCCUUAUGAGUCUCCUCUCAAACGGUUUGCGGCCUAUCGCUUCCAUCCCAACUUCAAGCAAGAUAUCGCCGGUGGUCUGCGAUCCAAGACUUACAGCCACAAGAUUCAGCCCAAUCAAGAGUUCUGCCGCUGGGAGCUAUCUGGUGGUAUCUGCAACGACGCCACCUGCGAGGAACAACACUUCCGAGACAUCGCUCUCCCUGAUGAUGCCAUUCUCACGGCUCUUGGAUCACCGGCUGAGUUCACAGGCGAGCAGCGCGAGCUAUUUUGUGCAGGUUUGCGGGCUGUCCUACUAGAUCUGCGAGUGCGGAAGAUCCGAGACUUCGAGAUCAUUGCUGCUGAGAUUGUUGCCCAUCGCGCAAAGUUCCUCGGCGAUAAGUCCAAAGUUUUGGCGACGCUUGAAGGCACGACCAUCUGA